AUGAAUACUUCGCUUCCAGAUUACCAAUACCAGGCCUUGUCGACAUUCGACUCCGUACGCCUCCUCAGUAUCUCGCGGGAUGACAACCAUCCACACGGACUAUGGCUGUCGCUCAAGGAGGUCAACUUGGACGAUGAACCGAUCUUCGCGGCGUUGUCCUAUACAUGGCAACUGCCCAAGUAUAGCAACUCCGAAGGUGCCGAAGAGCCAGGGCCAGGAAGGACGUUUGAGAUCGUUUGCGAUGGCAGACUGAUGGAGAUAUCUGAGAAUCUCUUUGACUUCCUCCGUACCAUCCUCGAUUUCCGGUGUUCAUCGACGGAAAGAGGCUCCCCGACAAGUCGAAAGUGUCCGCCAAAGGUCAGGUCUGCCCUGGAAUCGAUGCCACUGUGGAUAGAUGCGUUCUGUAUCGACCAGGCCAAUACCGAGGAGAAGAAACACCAAGUCCUUCUCAUGCACCGCAUAUAUAGCUCGUCACAGAAUGUGCUUUGGAUUCACGACAAGUUCAUCCCCCGUUUGUCCAAGAUGUUCUUCAGGCAAAACCGAUGGUUCGAUCGUGGUUGGGUCGUCCAAGAAGUCGCCCUGGCCAACUCAGCUCAGAUCUACGUUAUGUGUGGGGGAAACGUCCUAAAUUGGAAGCGCCUUGGAGCAUUUGUUAUGUUCCUGCACGAGAUUCGAUGGAAUAGGACUCUUGAGUUGCAGCUUGAACUGUCUCUCGGAUGGGUUCAACCAGCGUCAAUGACCAACUCCCUAGACAUGGCGCAAAGUUUGAUCAGUAGGCAUCUUGGCGUAGGGUCUGGCCUACACAAGAUCAACAGAGUCCGCCCACUCUUGGCCGAACUCAUACAUAACACAGAGACAACAGGCUGGAACACGAGGUCGGAGUCCGCUUGGCUCGCAUGCGCAAGGGUACUCAUCACAGCCCUCCGCUCUUUUCAAUUUGGAGACGACCGCGACCAUAUCCAUGGGGGUUUCCAAGCCCUAUCAUGCCCGACUACGACCGGAGCGUGGAAGACGUCUUUACCUCUGUAG